AAGACUGCAGUGACCUUGGUGCUAAUUAGGUUUGGGGAUGUCUUUGAGGCUGAUUCCAAAACUGUGAUAGGACUUGCAUUUUCUGACUAGAAGGCCAGUGUGGGGAUUGGAAGGGGCAACUUUAGACUUCUGGUAUGUGGAACCUGAUAGAAAAUACAUGUCCUAUCAUAGACUUUGCCAAUAGCUUUCCAGUGAAAGUCAAAGAAGUGAAGUGCACCUGAGUGACUGGAAUUUAACAAUAAUAUGAUCCAUCAUGUGGCCCUGAAGAAGCUAUCUGGGAGGAUUACUGUGUCAUAUUAGGCUAUGUGUAAUAUUUAUGUGCACCUUGUAAAAUUUUUCUUGGCUGGGUUGCUGUGUCUUGUUACAAAUUACCGGUUGAAGUCUUUCCCUAGAGCCUCUGAAGUAUAAAUGACUAUAAAUGAGUAAGAACGCUAACCAAACCAUUCAACACAUCUGGUUUAGGGUGGACUUCUAAUGUUUUGCUGUCAGAAUGAAGAGCAGGAUACCUGUCAUUCUUCUAGCCUGUGGCUCCUUUAACCCAAUCACAAACAUGCAUAUGCGAUUAUUUGAACUGGCUAGAGAUCAUCUGCACCAAACAGGAAGGUAUCAGGUGAUUGAAGGCAUAAUGUCUCCUGUUAAUGAUGACUAUGGAAAGAAAGGCUUGGUUUCAGCAAGGCACCGCAUAGCAAUGGCUAAACUAGCACUGGAGACAUCUGAUUGGAUUCGGGUUGAUCCAUGGGAGAGUGAGCAGGAGACAUGGACAGAGACAAUAAAAGUAUUAAGGCACCAUUACAAUGAAUCACUCAGAUUGCUCCAGUCCAAGAAGGAAUUAAUGGAAAACCAACCGCCCAUAGAGAGAUCUGCAGAGGAUUCCCUUUCCUACCAGCACUCAGUUCUACCAGAACUGAAGCUGCUCUGUGGGGCUGAUUUUCUACAGACAUUUAAGACACCCAAUCUUUGGAAGGAAGAACACAUCAAAGAAAUAGUGGAGAAGUUUGGUUUGGUCUGUAUUAGCCGUGCUGGCUCUGAUCCUGCUCAGUAUAUCAAUGAAUCAGAUCUCUUAACUAAAUUUCAGCACAAUAUCUUUCUGGUGAAAGAAUGGAUUCAGAAUGAAAUCAGUGCCACACAGAUACGCACUGCCUUGUGCAGAGGAUUAAGUGUAAAAUACCUCGUGCCAGACUCGGUUAUAUCCUACAUUGCACAGCAUAAUAUCUACACUGAAGAGAGUGAGAGGAAGAAUGAAGGUGAUGUGCUUCAGCCUCUCAAGUUGCACAGCACAACAGUAAACCCGCUCAACGACUGAUGUCUGCGGUGUGUGCAUGGACCCAGCGGAUGUGUUUUCGUGUGAAGUCCUUGAGAAAGUUGCUCCUUGUUAAUAAAGGGAAUGUGCCUCA